AUGGGGAAUGUGCCAUCUGCGGUGAAGCACUGCCUCAGCUACCAGCAGCUUCUCCGGGAGCAUCUCUGGAUCGGGGAUUCAGUGGCUGGGGCCCUCGACCCUGCGCAGGAAACAUCCCAGUUAUCUGGAUUCCCUGAGUAUGUUAAAAUAGUGGAAGUUGGACCUAGGGAUGGAUUGCAGAAUGAAAAGGUUAUAGUUCCUACAGAUAUAAAAAUUGAAUUUAUCAAUCAACUUUCCCAAACUGGCUUGUCUGUAAUAGAAGUGACCAGCUUUGUGUCCUCCAGAUGGGUACCACAGAUGGCUGAUCACACUGAAGUGAUGAAAGGCAUUCAUCAAUACCCAGGAGUUCGAUAUCCUGUCCUUACUCCUAAUCUUCAGGGUUUUCACCGUGCUGUUGCUGCUGGAGCCACAGAGAUAUCAGUUUUUGGUGCUGCAUCUGAAUCCUUUAGCAAGAAGAAUAUUAACUGUUCUAUUGAAGAAAGUAUGGAGAAGUUUGAGGAGGUUGUUAAGUCUGCGAGGCACAUGAAUAUUCCAGCACGAGGGUAUGUGUCUUGUGCCCUGGGCUGUCCAUAUGAAGGAAACAUCACACCACAAAAAGUGACAGAAGUAUCUAAGAGAUUGUAUGGUAUGGGCUGUUAUGAGAUCUCUCUGGGAGACACCAUUGGAGUGGGAACUCCAGGGAGCAUGAAGAGAAUGUUGGAGAGUGUCAUGAAAGAAAUCCCACCUAGUGCUCUUGCCGUUCACUGCCAUGACACAUAUGGACAAGCCUUAGCAAAUAUCCUUACGGCCCUUCAGGUAAUCUCUUCUGGAGAAUGUUCCAUCUACACUUGA